AAAGAAUUGAGAGCUCGCGCUUGAAUAGUAGCAGUUAGUAGGUACCAUUUGCUUGCCGUAGCGAACGUAGGUACUUUACAUAGAAGAUUUGCGGUGUCGGGUCGCCCAACCAAAACAAGUCUUAACCGGUCGGAGAUUUUCGGAGUGAUUUUGAAACAUGGAGUGCCACAUUGAACAAGUGCUUAACAGAGACCAAAGAACCAUCAAAACCAGAAUGUUCAACAGAGAUUCCGCCACUCACCAAAACAAUAAGAAUAGAAAUUUUACAGAAGAUAGCAAGUUUCUUCAAUAUAAUUGCCAACAAACAACGGAUUUAGCUCCCUCGAAGAAAAGUUCCUUAAGUUUUUGUAAUUGCCAUGAUCAGUAUUUUUCGAAUUUUAAAAGACUGCUUUAUCAGACUGAGGUGAUGUGCGGAUGGAAAGAGGUGAACGAUAUCAAGGAGGUUAAAUGUGAGAAGAUGAAGAAGGACAAGUGUAAAUCGUGGUUGAAAAAAUUUCACCACGUCCUCCUACUUAGCACCUAUUUGUCGCUAAUAACAUUUCCCUAUUCGAGUGCCGUACCCACAACAAUCAGCUCUAGAGCAACUACUUGGAAUAGUAAAAACAGCCAAACAGAACCCAAAGGUCACGAAAUGAAUACCACAGCGCUAACUCAUGCUUUUCGCAGCGCAAAAUCUGCUCGUGACAUAGCUAUGGAUUUGAAAAGGAAAUUUAAAGAAAAAGCGAGCACGGACCUCGAUCAGGUUUUCCAACACGUGCCCGCAUACGACUGGCUGCCAAAUGUUCCUAAGGUGUCUAGUGAUGUAUUUGGGACCCAUCUAAACUCAUUAGAACUAAGUCAAAUCGUAGUCGAUUUGUACAACCACAUAGACAUCAUGAAACAACCAGUCAACCAGUUGGCGCUCGAUUUCGCCAACGACGGUGACGCUGUUUGGGCUAAAAACUUCAGCGGAAUGUGGGGUCAACUGGAAAACAUCAACGAAGAACUGAAAAUAACGAUAGCGGAAAACAGUCUGACUUUUCCGCAAGACGUGGGCAGCGAUAUUAUGCCUCAGAAUCUGAAAGAUCUCAACAAAACGGACAAGGCGGUGCGCGACUGGAUAAUCAUCAGGACUUUGGUCGAGGUUCUGGAAUAUACCGUGGCAGUAUUUGAGCAUUUUCAAAUUCCUUAUUAAAAAGUUUUUUGAUAGGGGAGGUGUUUUGAUGUAGGAAAAUGUUUUUGUUUUUAUUUAUUUUAUUUUUUUUCGGAGGGGCUGGUAUAGUGAAAUUUUCGUCACAAAAGAUUUUUUAAAUUUUGAAAAUUACACUUUUAAAUUUUUGUACUACAUAUAUGUAUUUAAAUUUUGCUAUACCAACUUUGUCAAUUUGGACUUGCUGUUGUACUUUUUGAACAGUUUUUUAUAUGGUUGCUAUAUCUAUUGGAAAAGUAAAUGCAAUUUACAAUCAAUUUUAGCAGUACUGUUAUUUGUUUUUUUGUGAAACUUAAUAUUGUUAAAAAAAAUUGUCUUUAAAUACUUACUUAAUUCACGAUGAUAAAUAACAUGUACAAAAUAGCGGAGUUAACUUAUUAUAUUAUUAUGUGAAUGUGGAAAAUUCCUUGACCAUUGUCAUUAUUUAUUUCGCUUAUUAGUUGUUUAGGUUUUAUUUAUUAUUUAUUAUUUUAUGUAAUAGUAUUAUUUAUUUUUCUUAUAUUUAUACUUUUUUUCGCC